AUGAGGGGCAGCCGGCCGCGGCCCGCAGCCCCGGUGCCGCCGGCCUGGGAGCUGAUUCAGCCGUCGGUGAGCGAGCUGUCUCGGGCCGUGCGGACCAACAUUCUGUGCACCGUGCGCGGCUGCGGCAAGAUCCUGCCCAACAGCCCGGCGCUCAACAUGCACCUGGUCAAGAGCCACGGCCUGCAGGACGGCAUAGUAAAUCCAACAAUAAGAAAAGAUUUGAAAACCGUGCCAAAAUUCUACUGUUGCCCAAUUGAAGGAUGCCCCAGAGGCCCUGACAGACCAUUUUCUCAAUUUUCUCUCGUAAAACAGCACUUUAUGAAAAUGCAUGCAGAGAAGAAGCAUAAAUGUAGUAAAUGCAGCAACUCGUACGGCACCAAGUGGGACUUGAAGAGGCACGCGGAGUACUGCGGCAAGACCUUCCAGUGCACGUGUGGCUGUCCCUACACUAGCAGGACCGCACUACAGUGCCACAUCUACCGAACUGGCCAUGAGCUCCCGCCAGAACACAGGGACCCACCCAGUAAGAAAAGGAAAAUGGAAAACUGCCUGCAAAACCAGGAGUUGUCCAAUGAGACCAUCGAAUCACCGAGCAACCAGCCAAUCCAUAAACCAGACACUCAAGAACUAGAAGCUUCAGAAAUAAAGCCAGUAGCUCCUUUUGAAGAUUCUUGUGGCUCGAAUGAGAGGAAGCAGAAGCUUACAGCACCUCCCAGAUAUCCUCAAAAGUUGCUUUUACCAAAGCCCAAAGUGGCUUUGGUUAAACUACCUGUGAUGCAGUUUUAUCCUGUGCCUGUCUUUGUGCCUAUAGCCGACUCCUCGGCCCAGCCUGUGGUGUUAGGUGUCGAACAGGGCUCUGCGACAGGGGCUGUGCACUUAGUGCCCUUGGCAAUAGGGACCCUGAUCCUCGGCCUAGAUUCAGAGGCUUACUCUCUUAAGGAGAGCCUACCUCUUUCCAAAAUUGAGCCAGUUAGUACAGGUGUUCAAGUGAACUUGGGUAAAAGUCCAUCUAAUUCUUUACCCGAAUUAGGGAACACAUGUCAAAAGAACAGCAUUUCUUCGAUCAAUGUACAGACAGAUCUGUCUUACGCCUCACAGAUCUUUACACCUUCUACGCAGUGGGCUAGCGCUGAUUCCUCUGUGUCAUCUUGUUCCCAGACUGACUUGUCUUUUGAUUCUCAAGUGUCUCUUCCCAUUAGUGUUCACACUCAGACAUUUUUGCCCAGCUCUAAGGUAACUUCAUCCAUUGCUGCUCAGACCGAUGCAUUUAUAGACACUUGUUUCCAGUCAGGUGGGGUCUCCAGGGAAACUCAAACCAGUGGAAUACAGAGUCCGACAGAUAACCACAUACAGAUGGACCAAGCUGGAAUGUGCGGAGACAUUUUUGAGAGUGUUCAUUCAUCGUACAGUGUUGGUACAGACAGUAUCGUAAGUAGCACAUUAGCAGAGACAGUAACCCAGAGUUUGUUGCCUCAGAAUGACCCUAAGAUUUUAAAUCAAGAUGUUGAGAAAUCUGCACCAAUUAUAAACUUCAGUGCACAGAAUAGUAUGCUUCCUUCACAGAAUAUGACAGAUAAUCAGACCCAAACCAUGGAUCUAUUAAGUGAUUUAGAAAACAUCUUGUCAAGUAAUCUGCCUGGUCAGUCAUUGGAUAAUCGUAGCCUUUUGUCUGACACAAAUCCUGGAUCUGACACCCAGCUCCCAUCUGGCCCAGUUCAGAAUCCUGGAAUAGAUUUUGACAUUGAAGAGUUCUUUUCAGCCUCAAAUAUCCAGACUCAAACUGAAGAGAGUGAACUUAGCACCAUAAACACUGAACCAGUCUUGGAAUCUCUGGACAUAGAGACCCAAACUGACUUCUUAUUCGCAGACACCUCUGCUCCGUCCUAUGGAUGUAGGGGAAAUUCCAACUUCUUAGGCCUUGAGAUGUUUGACACACAGACACAGACAGACUUAAACUUCUUUUUAGACAGUAGCCCUCAUCUGCCUCUGGGAAAUAUUCUGAAACACUCCAGCUUUUCCAUGAGUACUGACUCAUCUGACACCGAGACCCAAACUGAAGGAAUUUGCACUGCUAAAAACAUACCCCCUCUGGAAGGUAAGGUUCAGUUGAACAGCACAGAGACACAGACCAUGAGUUCUGGUUUUGAGACACUGGGGAGUUUGUUCUUCACCAGCAAUGAGACUCAAACAGCAAUGGAUGACUUUCUUCUGGCUGAUUUGGCCUGGAACACGAUGGAAUCUCAGUUCAGCUCUGUAGAAACCCAGACCUGUGCCGAACUACACAGAGUCUCCAACUUCUAAAAGUGGAGUCCACGUAUGGGGUGGCGUUUACCAUUUCCUCUGGAUUUGGGAAACAGGGAAUGGGGACAACAGUAUUAAUUGUUGAAUGUAGUCGAAGAUGCCGUUGCUUAGCUUCUUUGCAGUUCUUUGCCUUUUGUACUUGUAAACAUGAAAUUGGUGUAUAAAUGUGAGUAUAUUAUAAAGUGUAAGAUGUUGAUCUCAAAUAAUUGUUUUUUGUGUUGCCUACAUUUGCCUUUUUACAGCUAGUCUCUCCAUCUU